GAGACUUGGUGAAAAGUUGUUUAUUAAUAUUAACAAAAAACAAUCACAAUACCAGAAUAACCUGGAAACUUCCACACAUAAGUUUUGAGUCUUUUCUCUUCAAAAUUUCCUUUUGGAUCUUCAAUUUCAAUUCCCAUACACCGCAGAUUUGUUCAAUUGGUACGUGGUAAUUGGUUUUGAAAGGUUUGAGGGAAAUUAGAGAUGGAAGGUGGGUUUGGAGAAUCAACUAGUGUUCCACCUCAAAGCCCUUCAUGCUCGGGCAAUGGUGCCAAUGACGCGGGUGAUUUCGAAUGCAAUAUUUGCUUCGAAUUAGCUCAAGACCCUAUUGUUACUCUUUGUGGUCACCUCUUUUGCUGGCCUUGUCUAUACAAAUGGCUUCACCAUCACUCACAUUCACAGGAAUGCCCUGUUUGUAAGGCUCUCAUACAAGAGGAAAAGUUGGUGCCCCUCUAUGGCCGUGGCAAAACUCAGUCCGACCCAAGAUCGAAAUCUUAUUCGGGUAUGGAUAUUCCUCAUCGCCCGGCCGGCCAGCGACCUCCAACCGCUCCUCCACCAGAUGCAAAUCAAUUUACCAAUCACGGGUUUGGAUUUAUGGGAGGGUUUGUCCCAAUGGCAACUGCAAGAAUGGGAAACUUCACUUUUGCCACUGCCUUUAGUGGGCUGAUACCAUCAUUGUUUAACAUACACUUUCAUGGUUUCCCUGAUGCUACUGUCUAUGGCACAACUUCUGGUUUUCCUUAUGGAUUCCAUUCCUUUCAUGGUGGCCAUGCUCAUGGCUUCCCCCAGCCAGCUAGUCGAGGGGUGCAGGCUGAUAAUGUCUUGAAGAACCUUCUUAUGGUGGUUGGAGUAUUUGUGAUCCUUGCACUCAUUUGUUGGUAAAGCCACAGUCUGCUUUGUAGAGAGUCAAAGACUCAAAAUCCAUGGUGAUAUAUGGUACUUAGAAUUCUCAAUUUUCUAUGUGUAAAUACAUUAGUUUUGUGGUUAAUCUCCCUUGCCUCUAAUACGUUUAUGUGUUGAUUUUUCUUGUUGCCAAUUGUGUCAUGAGUAUAUGCAAGGAACCUGUGUUUUUAUAAUAAAUGUUUUUGCAAAA